CCGUCAAUUGCGUCUGAAAGCACGAACCGGACAAUCAGGGCAGGAUCGCAUGUACGAAACAGUCCGUCUACUGACAUAGCUGGUCUAUCACCAGAACAACAUCUCGAAAAAGGCAUUGAGUGCCACUCAUCAGGCUCCCUCAGCAAAUCUACAUAUCAUCUUCGUCUAGCCGCUAGAGCUGGUCUACCAACAGCAAUGCUGCUGUAUGCUCUCGCAUGUCGACACGGGUGGGGCAUGCGCCCUAAUCAAGCCGAGGGUGUGUCGUGGCUCAGACGCGCGGUGGACUCGGCUGGAGUGGAGUUCAUCGAGGACAGCAGCAGCGACGGAUCGCAGGUUGUAUCGAAGGAGCAAAAGGCUCGUAAAGCCCAGUUCGCACUUGCCAUCUAUGAGCUUGGUAUGUCAUACAUGAACGGGUGGGGCAUUCCGAAAGACAAGCCUCUCGCAGUCAGAUGUUUCGAGAUUGCUGGAAGCUGGGGCGAUACCGAUGCUCUCGCCGAAGCAGGCUUCUGUUACACUCAAGGAGUUGGGUGCAGGAAAGACCUCAAGAAGGCGGCAGAGUUCUACCGCCAGGCUGCGGACAAGGGUAUGAGCAUGGCAGGCAACAGUUGG